AUGAAAUUUUACGAGAGGAGUAUCAUAUUCUUGCCAAUUCUUAUUGGAUCAUGUUGGGCAGCCUUACCUGCUUGUGCUAAUCCUGGUUGUCCAACUGGAGGUAUCUGGAGUGAAUGGACAACUACAGAUCGCUGCCCGACCACUUGCGGAUCUUGUUCAAAGGCGUUUCACACUAGAAGAUGUCUGACUGCUGAAAUAGAAUGUCCUUGCACCGGAAACGACACUCGUUAUUACCCGUGCAACACUCUGGCUUGUGUUUAUCCAGCUCAAAGGACCUGCUGUAUUCCGUAUGUUCCAAUGAUAAUAAACGGAUCAAUGACUUGUGGACCACUUCCGAAAGAUCCAGUUGUCACUUCUUGCUGCCCUGCUGGAGGAUUAUGGAGCAACUGGGGAGGUUAUGUUCGAAACUCAGAAAAUACAGCUUUUGAACGUACGAGGAGAUGUUUGAGUGAAGAAGCUGGUUGUAAUUGCACCACCGGAAAUUCUGUCAAUACGAAUAAAUUGUGCCCUUGUGCGUCAUUCGUCGACACAUAUGACACCUACUUUAAAAACGGAACUGAUAUACUUUAUACGACUUCUUACAAUCGAGAAUUGAAUUUAACAACUUGCAUUUUUUGGUCUCUUCUAUAUAAAACCUCUGACGCUUGUAGUAACUGGGAACCAUACACUUCAACCAACGUUAUCCGAUACUGGAAGAAGGAUGCUAUCAACUACACUGAGUAUCGGAUGGCUGACUGUAAUGAUCCUGCCAAUCAAUACUUCAGAGCGUACUGCGAUUUUAAAACGGGAUACUAUCGAUUCUAUAACACAGACGACGAAGUCUUGGGUUGGAAGCAACAAUGUCCAAGUGGUCAGACUUGUCCAAUUGGAGGACUCUGGAGUGAAUGGGCAACAACUGGAAAGUGUACAUCGGAAUGUGGAUCAUGUGAAAAACUGUACUACACAAGAGUCUGUCUGACGGAGAACGCAGGGUGUAAUUGCACUGGUGACUCGUCUCGUUUCCUCCCUUGCAACACUCAAACUUGUAUAUAUCCUGCUCAAAGAUCCUGUUGUAUCCCUUUUGUUCCAAUGGUUAUCAACGGGACAAUGCAAUGUGGACCCAUUCCAAAAGAUAAAAAAUCUUCGAGCGGAAACUCCCAAUGCUGUCCACCAGGAGGGAUAUGGAGCGAAUGGACUGCUUUUGGAAGAGAUCCUACAAAAACGUUUUGGGUUCAGACAAGGGAAUGUGUUUCCGAAGCAGCAGGCUGUCCAUGUGAGGGAGAUCGAACAAAACCACAAACAGCAUGUCCAUGUUCUUCUUUCGCUAGCGUGGAAAAUGUAGCAUCAUAUUGUGGAGAAACUAUUGUGAAGAAACGCGAAUACAAUGUGACAAUAACCGACAACACGUGUUCAAUGACUGCUUCGUUGGUCGCUAGCAAUGAUGACAAGUAUGCCAACUGCAAGGCUGUGGGGAACUAUGACUAUCUACCUCGUAUCGUGUUUGCAACUCUCGAAUUGCCAUGUAAAGAAGAUAGACCAUUCUACUGUGAAGAAAGACGUAAGGUUCAAAGUAAUUAUCUCCCCAUCAGUUUCACGUGCGAUCUGAAAGAACUCAAAUGGAGAUAUGAUUAUACUGGAGAAAUCGUCAAUGGAUUUAUUCAAACCUUGGCUUAA